CAAGUGGUAAGUGGACGUGGUGGUCGUGUCAGAAAAUAGAUAAAAAGGCUCAAAACUUGUGGUUAGUUUUAGCCAUGGCGUGGAUUGCAAUAUAUGCCAGCAGUUACGCCUCGUAAAUACCCAAAAUUAUACUUCUUUUACUAGUAAUUUCUUCAAGAUCUCAUGGCAGCGAAGAAACUAUAUGAGUCCUUUUCAAAGGGACUGUUUGAGGAGGUGCAGCGAUGGGGUUCCAUGAAGCAGACUGGUGUGAGUCUCAAGUACAUGUUGGAGUUUGGCUCCACACCAACUGCCCGCAAUUUGUUGAUUUCUUCUCAAUUCCUUCACAAGGAACUGCCUAUAAGGAUUGCUCGCAGGGCUAUUGACCUCCAAAACCUUCCCUAUGGCUUAUCUCUUAAGCCUGCUGUUCUAAAGGUCCGUGAUUGGUAUUUGGAUUCUUUCCGGGACCUUAGAUCCUUUCCGGAUAUAAAGGAUCAAAAUGAUGAGUUGGAAUUCACACGAAUGAUUAAAAUGAUUAAGGUCCGGCACAACAAUGUUGUUCCUAUGAUGGCUUUGGGAGUUCAACAACUAAAGAAAGAUCUGGACCUUAAGGUUGAUUAUAAGGAUUUGGAUGAAAUACACCAAUUUCUUGAUCGCUUUUACAUGUCUAGAAUUGGGAUACGGAUGCUUAUUGGGCAGCAUGUAGCACUACACGAUCCUAAUCCGCCUCCUGAUUGUGUGGGCUAUAUACAUACAAAAAUGUCCCCGUUGGAGGUUGCACGGAGUGCUAGCGAGGAUGCCCGUUGUAUUUGCUCGCGUGAAUAUGGCAGUGCACCUGAUGUCCACAUUUAUGGGGAUCCAGACUUUACAUUCCCUUAUGUGCCAACACAUCUGCAAUUGAUGGUUUUUGAGUUGGUUAAGAACUCCUUGCGUGCUGUGGAAGAGCGAUUUAUGGACUCAGACAAAGUUGCCCCUCCUAUUCGAAUAAUAGUUGCUGAUGGUCUAGAGGAUGUUACCAUCAAGGUUUCAGAUGAAGGUGGUGGAAUACCAAGAAGCGGCCUUCCCAAAAUUUUUACUUAUCUCUACAGUACUGCCAGGAAUCCCUUGGAUGAGCACUCAGACCUUGAAACAACUGAUGUAGCUACUCUGUCCACAUUGGCUGGUUAUGGAUAUGGACUUCCAAUAAGUCGUUUAUAUGCUCGCUACUUUGGAGGGGAUUUACAAAUUAUCUCCAUGGAAGGCUAUGGUACUGAUGCUUAUCUCCAUUUAUCGCGUUUAGGAGAUUCGCAAGAACCCUUACCUUGAUGUUUGAUGUUGGGAGGUUAUGUUUGUUGUGAAGACUCUGUAAAUAUUUCAAUUUAAGAACAUUAAUCCUCGUACCCGGGGAUCUAUUUAUUGAUAAUACUAAUAUUAGUACCUGCCUGAUGCGCGGAAAAAUAUUAAAGAAUAUUAAUCAAAUUAUGUGAUUUAAUUUGUUUGAGCAUGUUAUA